AUGGCCUCUUCUGCUCGACACUCACGACACAACUCUCGAAAUACAAAUCAUAGCAUAGCCAUCUCUACCUCUUCAGCAAUCCGAUCCAGCUCACCUUCACCCGUCGCUUCUCCUUCGUCGCCCACUCCAAAUUCGGAUGGUUUAUCUAGAAGGCUAUCGUGGAACCGAUCAAGAGAAGAUACCAAUUUGUUCCUCUCGCAGCCACCUGUUACAUCUGGACUAGCAACUCCAUCACGUACACACCUGCUGAAUCCCAGAACAGAAGAGAGGGAUAUUGUGUACGCUACAUCGGGAAAUGAUAUAUGGGAAGGAACACAUCCAUUGCAAUCUACUGAAGAUCUGAAUACGCCUAUAGAAGAUAUACCAUUAUCACCACCUAGAAAUAGGAAUUUCGGAUCCAAGCAAUACGAGAGUGAAACUUCCCUUGGAUCUAAUUCGGGAUCAGAUAUAGAAUCGUUCAAUGAAGAUAGAGAGAGGUUGACCCCCGGACAGACAUAUGACCAUCCUUCACACUCUUCUCCAGGUCAGAAGAAACGAAGUCCAUUGAGUAACGGAUCAUCACCUGGGAAGAAAAAAAGACCCUACGAUGAGAAAGGCUUAGCUCGAUCGAGCACGUUGCGCAAAGUCAGCAAAACGAUUAGAUCUGCUAGUGUACGAGUCGUCAAUAUCAUGGGUGUAGAUCGAAAGGAGAAUGAUGGAGUGGAAAGAUUAGGUAGUGACGAUGAUGAGGAAGAUGCCAAACAGAAGGGAAGGGAGAAUAUAGGUUUAGGAAUUAGGAUACCGGAUGUCGGGGCUACGACGACGCAGAGACCCGAUCCCAGACCACCGGAAAUUGGACUGAGAGGUAGGACGUUAGGUGUUUUCAGCAAGAAUUCGAGAGUAAGGAAGGCAAUGAAUGAUUUGCUGAAGUAUCCCUACACCGAACCCGCUAUCCUCAUCCUGAUCAUCACCAACGUUGUCGUACUGGCCAUCCAAUCCGCCCCUGCGCAGAAUGAGCCAAGGGUAGAUGAUGGAUAUUUCCAAUCUUGGGAAGACUACGUGCUUCUUGUGUUAUUCUGCAUUUUCACCCUCGAAAUGUUUGCUCGUAUAGUUGUCAGCGGCCUUUUGCUCGAUCCCGAUCGAUCGCUCCGAGACUUCCUUUUCUCUCCUUCUGGCAUUAUAUCAACCGUUCAGCGGCGAGUAGGACGAGCUCAAACCAACUUACAGCGUAACCUAUCCAAAUCCAAAACAUCUCAUCGAGCAGCAUGGAGGUCUCAUAACGAUCCCACAAAUGGCUCAUCUAGGACCCAUCGUCAUAAUGGCGGACCUUCGAUGUCGAUAUCAAAGAUCAAGGAGGAACCCAAAAGGGUUAUACCGAUACUACCUGAAGCACCAUUCCAAAGUGCUGUCGCCAAGCAGAAAAACCUCGCUUUACAAGGUCGACCAUACUUGAGACAUUCAUGGCAUCGUAUCGAUAUGAUCGCCGUCAUAGCAUAUUGGAUCACCUUCUUCCUAGCUAUAUCGGGAUAUGAAGCAACUGCCAAUAGACAUGUAUACAUUUUUAGGGCAUUAUCGGUACUUCGAGCGGGAAGGCUGUUAGUUAUCACCAGCGGUACAACAACAAUCCUACACUCUCUGAAAAGAGCUGGACCAAUGUUGAUUACCGUGGCCUAUUUCCUGAUCUUCGCAGCUGGUAUCUUUUCUAUUAUCGGUGUUCAAUCUUUCAAAGGAUCCUUCAGACGUUUCUGCGUGUUGACGGAUCCGAACAAUUCGACGAAUGAGAUUAUACUGGAGAACCAAUGUGGGGGAUCGCUCGACCCAAUCACACUUCAACAUGUUGCGUACCUGAAUUUGGAUGGAUCACGGAGCACUAUCAGUCCGAAAGGCUAUAUAUGCCCUCUAGGACAGGUUUGUAAGACAACCGAUGAUAAUCCGAAUAACGGCGUGAAUAGCUUUGAUAAUAUUUUCCAGUCUCUCGUUCAGGUCGUCAUCAUCUGUUCAAUAAAUACGUGGGCACCCGUCAUGUACAGCGCGAUGGACUCUGAUUUCUUCAGUUCGGCAUUCUACUUUCUCGCUGGGGUCAUCGUGCUCAAUUUCUGGCUGUUGAAUCUGCUGGUCGCUGUCGUCGUCAAUACGUUCUCGGAUAUUAGGGCUGAGACGAAACGAAGUGCUUUCGGAGGUGACGAAAGCUUACUCGGGACAGACGCUCAGUGGGCGGCCGAGAAUAAACAGCGCAAGAUGCACAACAAGGUGUUGACCAUCUACCAGAGAACGGAAAUAUUUUGGGUACUGUUGAUUCUUACAGAUAUGGUCACUCAGGGGACGAAAACCGCUUCGUCUUCUGCUUCGAUGUUGGAUCUUUUGAAAAACCUCGAGAUUGCGUUUACAUUAGCUUUCGACGUCGAAAUGAUUAUCCGAAUAACAGGGCAUUUCCCAGACUGGCGUUCGUACUUCCUAAGCGGACGGAACUGCUUUGAUCUCUUCUUGGCUAUCGCAUGUUCCAUCAUCCAGAUUCCCGUUAUCGCAAAUGGAGGUAUAUACCAAUGGUUAACGGUCUUCCAAUUGUUGAGAUGGUAUAGAGUCAUUUUGGCAUUUCCAAGGAUGAAACCGCUUUUAAACACGUUCUUCGGUAGUUUUGCGGGUUUACUCAACAUGGUGGUUUUUCUAUUCCUGAUGAUCUUCCUCAGCGCUUUGAUGGCCUUACAACUAUUCCGAGGUGAUAUAGAAGGCGAUCCGAUCGAUUUCUCACAAACCUUCAACGCUUUUCUAGGAAUGUAUCAAAUAUCUUCAUCGGAAAAUUGGACAGAUGUAUUGUACAAUGUGAUGGGAUCUGAAGGUCAAUUUGCUCAGAAUUGGCUCUCGGCGAUCUUCCUCUGCGGAUGGAUGUUGUUCUCAUUCUUCAUCCUCGUACAAUUGUUCAUCGCUGUCAUCAACGAGAAUUUCGCUGUUGCCGAAGAGCAAAAACGUAAACAACAAGUCGAAGCAUUCAUCAGAAGAGCCGAACCUCAAUCUGCUCAUAUAAGUUGGAUCGAUCGAUUGAACCCAUACAGACUGAUGUCCGCUCGACAUAAUGCCGUUAAAGUCGGUACACUACCACCCAGCUUAGUAUUGCCGCUCAGGCAGAAUAUCGGAGCUGACGUGGGCAGUGUGCCCAAUUCUGAUGGGGCCUGGGGCAACACAGCCGGUGCCAAAGGUGCGAUGCGAAGACUCUUGGGUAGAGAUAAAGAAGAAUCACCUAUACCACUGAGGAACCUACGAAGGCAUACUACACCCAAAUUUGAGGAUCUUGACAAUGAUCUGGAUGAUGAUCGAGGGUUAACCGAUCUCCUCCCUCCCCUGAACGCUGGCCCUUCGAGCGACGAACAUAUGGAUGCCCUUCGAGAGCGACGUAAUCAGCAGGCAGACUUUAUCGCGGCUCAUCCGAGUUUCGACCAAUCUCUCUGGAUAUUUCGUCAGAAUAACCCAAUUCGACGAUUCUGUCAGGCAUGUGUGCAACCCGCUUACGGAGAUCGUAUAUUCGGCAGACCAGCACAUCCAAUACUUCAACUAGUAGUGAAAGCUAUAGUCUUCAGUGCUGUGGUGGCAAGUAUCGUAGUAGCUGCAGUGGCGUCACCAGCAUACCGAAGGAAAUACUAUGGCCAACAUGGUUACAUCAGAGGGACAUGGUUCGAUCUUACUGAAGUAGCCCUCGGAACGGUUUUCAUCGCUGAAGCAGGAAUAAAGAUCAUCGCGGAUGGUUUCAUGUUUGCGCCCAACGCAUAUCUACUUUCGUUAUGGAACGUUCUGGAUUUCAUCAUCCUCAUUACUCUCUUAAUCAAUACUACCACGUCUCUCAUAUUCAUAGGUGGUUUAAGUAGAAUGACUAGAGCUUUGAAAAGUUUCAGAGCUUUGAGGUUGAUAACCCUCUUUUCGAGGUUGAGAGAUACGUUACAUGCUGUUCUAUUUGCUGGGGCUUUGAAGAUUCUUGAUGCGUCGAUUUUGAUGGUUUUGUAUUUGAUACCUUUUGCCGUGUGGGGUCUGAACAUCUUCUCCGGAUUGCUGUAUUACUGCAACGAUGAUUCAGUGUCCGGUAAAUCAACAUGUAUAAAUGAAUACGCGUCCUCAUCGAUCGACGAUUCUAUCACAUACUUGGUACCGAGAGUAUGGGCGAACCCUGCAUUGGACGCAUCAAAAUGGUCAUUCGAUUCGUUCAGAGAAUCGAUCUUGAUCUUGUUCGAAAGUGUUUCCCUAGAAGGUUGGAUCGAUGUCAUGGCUUCACUCAUGAAUAUCGUAGGGAGGGAUGAGCAACCUCAAAAUAUGGCUUCCCAAUGGAAUGCGAUCUUUAUGUUGAUCUUCAAUCUGUUUGGAGGUGUUAUCAUCUUGACGCUCUUCGUCAGUAUCAUCAUUCAAAACUUCAGCACGCGGUCUGGUAAUGCGCUUCUUACAACAGAACAAAGACAAUGGGUCGAUCUAUCAAAGUUUAUCAAAGCUCAAACACCCUCUCAACUACCCAAAGGUCGCCCGACAUUACCGUUCAGAGCAUGGUGUUACGAUAGAGCUACGACCAAAGAUGGGUUCUGGGCGGUCAGCUUCACCUGGAUAUACUAUCUUCAUAUCCUGUUAUUGAUGAUGCAAGAUUUUUCCGAAAACAUCCUCAAUGAGGUUCAACUCGACAUCAUCUUCCUCUGUCUUACGGUCCUAUAUGCCAUCGACCUACUGAUACGAUUCUACGGAUUGGGUCUCAGAUCCUUUAGAGCGAACGGAUGGAAUUUGUUCGAUGUCGUUGUUAUCACUGGAAGUUUCGCUACUACUAUCCCCGCUCUACAGGCUGCCAGUGCUGGACUGCCUGGAAAUCAGGUUAAUAUCCAAUUGCAGAAAUUGUUUUUGGUGUCUAUCUCACUCAAAUUGGUACAAAGGAUAAGCUCUUUGAAUCAGUUGUUCAAGACUUCAGUCGCGAGUUUACCUGCUAUCGGCAAUCUAUUCCUUCUCUGGGCGACACUCUUCAUCUGGUUCGCGAUCAUGUACCUUGAAGUUUUCGGUUUGACUAAGAUGGGUAAUAAUGCCGGGACGAGAUUCCAAAACUAUUAUUCAUUUGGUAAUGCUUUGAUCAUGUUGGCAUUCAUGUCUACGGGUGAGGGAUGGAAUGGAUAUAUGCACGACUAUACCAUAUCUCCACCUCGAUGUACCGAGAAUAGUAAUUUCUUGGAAUCAGAUUGCGGUAGUGCUCCAGGAGCUUAUGCACUCUUCAUCAGCUGGAACAUUGUCUCGAUGUAUAUCUUCUUGAACAUGUUUACUGGUGUGGUGGUCGAAUCUUUUGCUUAUGUUUAUCAAAUGCCUGGUGGAUCUUCGUUGAAUCGAGAGGAAAUGCGGGCGUUCAAGCGACUCUGGGCAGAAUUCGAUACACAACGUACUGGAUAUAUCAAGCGGAAGGACUUUGUUCGAUUCUUUUCACGACUUACCGGAGUCUUCGAAGUCCGGACCUACCCAAUCGAAUACAGUAUACCCAACAUGAUCCGAAACGCUCUCCCCGACCCUAUUGAUAAUGCCUCGGGCAAGCUCUUCGUAGCUAACGGUGUCAGACGUGCAGUCGAUAUUCGGAGAUUGGAAGAUCAGAUUGCCCAGAUCGAUUAUCGACAAGUCAGAGAAAGACGAUUGCUGUUCUCUCGAUUAUAUAGCGAAGCCAAGAUAUCCGAAGAGAACGGGAGGGGGAUUAGUUUCACAUCGAUGUUAAUGAUGUUGGCGCAUUAUAAGUUAAUCGACGAUGAGAAGGCCUUACAACUUGAUGAUCUUCUUGUACGACGAGCCAAGACCGAACGAGUGACAGAUCUAGUAAAUCUCGAUAGAGUGAGAGGUCUUCUGCGGACUAUAUACUGGAGAAGAAGGUUUCUAGCUUCAAGAGACGAGAGGAGGAGAACACUCAAUGCUGAAGCUGAAGGUAUACCUGCAAUUGUGCUUGAGCCCAUGCCUGCGACUCCCCCAUUGGACGAGAUCGAUCGUAAUCCAUUCCAUAACCUCCCCGGCGAACUCAAAGAAACAACACCCUCACCUCCCCAAUCUCGCAUGUCUAGUCCAACUCCAUCCCCCGAAGUAUUUAGUACAGGUACACACUCCCAUCCCCUUUCUCCUGACGUAUCAUUCAACAAUAACGCGUCGAUGAGUCGACAUUCACCUGCGUUGUCUGUUAGUAGCUCCACUGGAAAUAGACCGACUCAUCAAUCUAGACCGUCCUUGGGAAGACAAACUUCGAAUGGAAGUAUGUUAUCCUCCGAGGAUGCGCAUUAUAGAAGGGAAUCGCCUACGGAGGAAGUCAUUGCAGAUGAUUACUUUGAUUCGAUGGCAACGUCCGUAUGGGGAGAUAUGAUGCGAGAAGCAGUUGAUAAAGAAGAGACAUAG